AUGGAUCAACAGGAGCCCUCAGAAUGGGCUAAACAUUUAGUGGACAUCAAAUAUAUCGAGAAAUAUAAUAUUCAGAACUCAAACACAUUGCCUUCACCUCCAGGAUUCGAGAACAAUGCCUCUAAAGGAAAUGUAACAAAGAAACAACAAGGUGCUACUUCCCAAGCUACCACUUUGGCCCAAAAGAACCAAAUAACAACAUUACAAGUGCAGAAGGCGUGGCAGAUUGCGCUACAACCAGCAAAAUCUAUUCCAAUGAAUAUAUUUAUGUCGUAUAUGUCUGGUACAUCUUUGCAAAUCAUUCCCAUAAUGACUGCCCUAAUGUUACUCUCCGGACCCAUUAAGGCUAUUCUAUCGACAAGAAGUGCAUUCAAACCAGUUUUAGGAAAUAAAGAAACACAAAGCCAGGUGCAGACUGCUAUGUUCAUGUAUAUUGCUUUUCAAGGUGUGUUAAUGUACAUUGGGUACAGAAAACUGAAUUCUAUGGGCCUCAUUCCUAAUGCUAAGGGUGACUGGCUACCUUGGGAACGAAUCGUUUAUUACAAUAAUGGAUUUCAAUGGUUUUCCGAUUGA